AUGACCGUGAUCUCACUUCCUACACUGCGAGAGAGCGCAUGUGGAGUAACACGGUGUUCAACAAAGUAUUCAGGUUAUUUGAGGAGCAAAAUGCCAUUAUUCUACUACAGCUACUCGCUUUCGGGAGUUUUGGUUAAGCCAAGAGAUUAUUCAGAGUCCAACAGCGACAAUGAAAAGGAAUCCUUUCCAUAUGUUUUUAACUUUACAAACACAAUCUCAUACUUUCACGGCUCUUUCGCAGUUAUCUCACUUUUGUUGAGAAAUAUAUUGCGAAGAGUUGGUCAAUAUGUAGUGACAUUAUAUGCUCUUACCCAUACUCUCUCAUUGCGAUGGUACAGACCAUGUUAUUACACCAGUCUUGGAAAUGUCCACACCCUUCCUUCCCUCUCAGUCAAUCUCUACUAUCUCUCUUCUCGUUUUCUCUGUACUCUAGAAUGCGUCAUCUCUUUGGGAAGACAUGGCUAUGGGAUGUGCUUUCAUGAGCUCUCGCAAUUUCUCACUUGA